AUAAUGGUUUCCAUCCCUGAAUACUAUGAAGGAAAGAACAUCCUCCUGACAGGAGCUACAGGCUUCAUGGGAAAAGUGCUUCUGGAAAAGCUGCUCAGAUCUUGUCCUAAAGUGAAAGCAGUGUAUGUACUGGUAAGACACAAAGCAGGGCAGACACCUGAAGCACGAAUAGAAGAAAUUACCAGCUGUAAGCUCUUUGACAGGUUGAGAGACGAGCAACCAGACUUCAGAGCCAAAAUAAUAGUGAUUACGAGUGAGCUUACACAGCCUGAACUGGACCUUAGUGAACCAAUCAAGGAAAAGCUUAUAGAAUGCAUUAAUAUUAUAUUUCAUUGUGCUGCUACAGUCAGAUUCAAUGAAACAUUGAGAGAUGCUGUUCAGUUAAAUGUGACUGCCACACAACAGCUCCUCUUCUUGGCACAGCGAAUGAAGAAUCUGGAAGUGUUCAUGCACGUCUCGACUGCCUAUGCAUAUUGCAAUCGAAAGCAGAUUGAGGAAGUAGUUUAUCCACCUCCUGUUGAUCCCAGGAAACUGAUAGAUUCUCUUGAGUGGAUGGAUGAUGGCCUAGUGAAUGAUAUUACUCCUAAACUGAUAGGCGACAGACCUAAUACUUACACGUAUACAAAAGCCUUAGCCGAAUAUGUAGUACAACAAGAAGGUGCAAAAUUAAACACAGCCAUUAUAAGGCCAUCUAUUGUUGGUGCUAGCUGGAAGGAGCCUUUUCCUGGAUGGAUCGAUAACUUCAAUGGACCUAGUGGUCUCUUCAUUGCUGCAGGAAAAGGAAUUCUUCGAACAAUGAGGGCUUCCAACAGUGCAGUAGCAGAUCUUGUUCCAGUAGAUGUUGUUGUCAAUACAACACUGGCUGCAGCCUGGUAUUCCGGAGUUAAUAGGUAUAACAGACCAAGAAAUUUAAUGAUAUAUAACUGUACAACAGGUGGCACCAAUCCUUUCCACUGGGGUGAAGUUGAAUACCAUGUAAUUUCUACUUUCAAGAGGAAUCCUCUCGAACAGGCCUUCAGACGGCCCAAUGUAAAUCUAACUUCCAAUCACCUUUUAUAUCAUUACUGGAUUGCUGUAAGCCAUAAGGCCCCAGCAUUCCUGUAUGAUAUCUACCUCAGGAUUACUGGAAGAAGCCCAAGGAUGAUGAAAACAAUAACACGUCUUCAUAAGGCCAUGAUGUUACUAGAAUACUUCACAAGCAAUUCUUGGAUCUGGAAUACUGAAAAUAUGACUAUGCUAAUGAACCAGCUAAAUCCUGAAGACAAAAAGACAUUUAAUUUUGAUGUUCGACAACUGCAUUGGGCAGAAUACAUGGAAAACUACUGCAUGGGAACGAAGAAGUAUGUGCUGAAUGAAGAAAUGUCUGGCCUCCCUGCAGCUAGGAAACACUUGAAUAAGUUAAGGAAUAUACGCUAUGGCUUCAAUACAGUUCUUGUGAUCCUGAUCUGGCGUAUCUUUAUUGCAAGAUCACAAAUGGCAAGAAAUAUCUGGUACUUUGUGGUUAGUCUGUGUUACAAGUUCCUCUCCUACUUCAGAGCCUCCAGUACUAUGAGAUACUGAAGAAGAGAAUUUAGCAUUAGGACAUCUAUGCAUAUGGUGGUCUAACUGCACAAAGCCUGUAACAUGUAGUCAUCUCACAUUUUGUAAAAGCAUAAUUUCAUCUUAAAUUGGAGUGCGAAAUAUAUGGUAUGGUAUAUGUAAUGUUAGUUGUGUAUCUUCCUGGAAACAGAGAAAAUAAAAUGGUCAAGUGCCAGGUUGAAUUGGCAUUAGACAAGUAUUUAAAUAACUUUAACUCUUUGACCUGGGGAAAACAUUUUAGACCACUGACCAAGAUAACUGUGCAAUUUGGAACGUGUUUGAUUGAAAUCUGCCUUAACAUGAUUUUUUCUUUUAAGUUUUACUCCACGUUGAGCAAGAUAAAUAUUCUUAGUAGCUGCUAGUUGCUGUAGACCUAUUUAUUUGAAGUUCUUCAAAAUUACAAAGGGUUUUGCAAGUUGCAAAAGUGUAUAAAUGAUGGUGGAUCUCAUGAAAAAAAUUAUUUGAGGACUUUUGUAAUUUGUCUUUACUUUUUGCCUUUUGCCACUUCUUCCCUUCUUCUGAAAGUAGGGAUGCAACAAUGGUGCCUACUUUGCUUUAAAAUUAAAAAAAAAAACCCCAACCCAACCUUCCUUAAUUACUGAAAGGCCUUUUGUCCAAUCUGGUCUUCAGAAUGCACCUAGUGAUUCAGUUCUGUGCUCAAAACUGGCUGCAUCCAACUUGUAGUUAUGUCAGCAUGAACCAUUUGCUUCCCUGAAAGCAGAAUUGAUCCUGCGAUUGAGUAGAUAAAAGGAAAUAAAGUCACUGACCAUCCUCUUUUUUUUUAAUGAUGUUUAUUGCAAACACAGAGCCAGCACUUGAUUGAUACACUUCUGACUUCAAAAGGUAAAUGUAUUUGAAAGGAAUUUAUUAUGCUUAGUUGCUAUUUAUAUUACUGGUAAUAGUAGCUGGACAAACUAUAGGCUUUCAUUAAGAGAUAUACCUGGUUUUAAAUUCUAAGCGAUGUUAUCAAAUACUUCAUGAAUUAAUAAUUUUUUUAAAAUCUCUGAGCUAUGAAAUUUGAUGCAUGGGCAACACCAGUGUGUAAGCACACUUUCUCAUCCCUGACCCAAUAAAAUCUCGUUUCACUGGGCAAGCAGAGCAAGAUGCACCUUGCUUCAAAAUGAAAAUAUGUUAACUAUUCUGACAUCUGUCUUCAAAUCUGAAGAAAUCUGUUUUCUCUGCACUUUGUUUCAGUAGGGAAAACAUUUAUAAAAAGAGCAAGCUGUAAGGAAAGAUUGAAUCCUUGUUUAAGGUAAUACGCGAAGAUCCCUUUAAAUUUUGCUUGCACGGAAUUCUGAGAACACUGUAAUGUUCCACUAAGUGAUGCACUGACCAACACCCUUGCCCAGUGUUUGUUCAUUAAAAGUUUAUACUGAUGAACAUGUUCUUGAAUCUGCUUGGAAAGGCAAAUAAUGACUUAUUUACAAAAGAGCUACAUUAUACUUGCCCUUGGUAGUUUUUUGUCCUAUUUGAAUUAAGUAUGUAAAGAACUUAUUUUGCUAUUCUUGUGAAAACUCUUACUUUAAAGAGGACACCUUUCGUGCAGGUGUAUAUCUCAUUUUGAAAAGGUAAUGGCUUCCUUGUUGAAGCUAAAUAUUCUGUAGUAAGUAGUUAAGCUGUAAUUCCUUUUUAAAAUUACCUGUGUAUAUAUAAAGCUAGGGAUGAAAAGCCUAAAUGGUCUAGGACCACACCUUGUGUGAGAGACCUCUGACUGGCUGAAAAUAAAUCAUGGCUUCUGUGAUUGAAGAUGAUACACUUUAACAAACACAUGAGGUGUAUCACAUUUUUUGUUGCCUCCCCAAGUACCUUACUAGACCUGAAAGUAUGCUUAAGCAUUCCUGCAUUGUAGACUUUUUUUCAGAGGUGCCUACUGUCCAGUGACACCUCUUGUCCCAUGUUGGCAUGUGGCUGAAGUUUGCAAAAGACAAACACAUCAUAUUCUGAGAAUGAUUCUGUGAAGCAAUUCACUUAUGAAUUUUGGUUGUUAUUAACAAUUAUACAUGCUACUUGUCCUGUUGAUUUUUUUAAUGCUGAGAACUAUGAAGCCAAUGAACUGAUUAUUUCUGGUCCGAAACACUGCUUAGAAAUGUAUUCUUCUGAAUAAAUAACGAAGAAAAGGAGUUACUUUAAACAUAGGGAUAUUCAACCUCUACUCUUUAAACAUUUGCCAAUUUAGCAACCCAGAUAUUUUCCCUCUUUGGAGACCAUGGUUCUGUGCACUAUUGGUAUCUUACACGAAUUUAUCAGUCAUCCUAUUUAACUGACAAUAGAUUCGGUGUCACGUUUAUUACAUUAGUUUUGUCACUUCCUGUGGUCAGUCUGUGAAAAUCUAUCUGAAACUACUGGUUUGUUUUGUUUUGGUUUUUUUUUUUUCCAUAUCAGAACCCUGUUCUCUUGCGGCUCUUCAUACCAGUGUUUGCACAUAACUGGUGUUGAUCAAAAAUAUACCAGAACUAUAUUUUGAUAGAGUAAGCUAGACUCACUGUACUGACAAGCAAGUUACAGGAGGUAUUCCAGUUGGUUAAAUAGGAGGAAGAGCAGACUGAAACAUGAUCACUUUACAGUUACUGGUGUUUAAAUUUGGGACCAGGAAAAAAAUUUACAUUUUCCUGUAAUGUUUUUCUCUGCUGUAGGAACAGAUGUUUGGAAACAAAUGCUAAAUCCGUGAGCUUUUAUAAGACAUAAACAGAAAUAUUGGGUGCCUUUGUUUGUAAACCAAAAAUAAACAAAUCCCUUGAAA